AUGGUGACUCCGGAAGAGAAAAGGAUUGAUAGGUACAUUUUAGGACUGGCUCCUGAGAUCCGAGGGAUGGUGACAUCCGCUAACCCCGCAACCAUCCAAAGCGCGGUGGUUUUAGCAAGUCGCUUAACCAACGAUGCUGUUAGAGCAGGAGCAGUAGUCAAGGUGAAUGUAGGUGGGAAAAGGAAAUCGGAAGAUCAACUAGGACGGAAGACCAGCGGUAGUUCGAAGCGGAGCUCGCAAUUAGUUAGGAACUUUGGAGUAAGGGCACAAGGGCAAGGAACAUACAUGGGUUCCUUACCAAAAUGUAACAAGUGCAACCGUCACCACCGCGGAACUUGUCUUCGGUGUGCGAAGUGUAAUCAGCUAGGACACACCGCACAGUACUGUAGGAAGGAAGGAGAAACUCAUAGUGAAAGGAAGAGAUGCUUCGAAUGUGGAAGUCAGGACCAUUUUAGGGACAGAUGUCCUAAGUUGAGGACAGGACCGAGGAGCAACAUCAGUGGAAGUCAAGGAAGUCGCACCACUUCAGUGAGUCAAGGAAUGCAAGCUCGAGGAAAGGCUUUUGUGAUUGGAGCUGAAGAGGCACGUCAUGAUCCCAAUGUGGUAACCGGUACGUUUCUUUUAAAUGACCAUUAUGCAUCGGUGAUUUUUGACUCUGGUGCCGAUAGAAGUUUUGUUUCCUUAGACUUUAGGCCCCUGAUUCACUUAAACUCUAAAAGACUAGAUGAAGCGUACACCAUAGAAAUGGUUGACGGACGAAAGUUCGAGGCUUGUGAUGUAAUUCCUGAUUGCACUUUAGGCCUAGCUGAUAGGUUGUUUAGUAUAGAUCUCAUUCCGAUCGAGUUAGGAAGUUUUGAUGUAGUUAUAGGCAUGGAUUGGUUGUCACUAAAUAGAGCUCAAAUAGGCAGUUAUGAGAAAGUUGUAAGGUUUCCAUUACAAGGCGGGGAGACACUCAUAGUCCAAGGCGAAACACCUGAGAGAAGCCUUAGGAUAGUAUCCUGUAUGAAGAUUCAUAGCUACUUGAGGAAGAAGUACCUGGCGUUUUUAGCCCAGGUGACAGAAAAGAAACCUGAAGGGAAGAAACUUGAGGACAUUUCGGUAGUACGACAUUAUCCUGAGGUGUUUCCGGACGAGUUGCCCGGACUACCUCCACCAAGGCAGGUCGAGUUCCAAAUCGACUUAAUUCCUGGAGCAGCACCGGUUGCCAAAGCACCAUACCGCUUAGCAUCGGCAGAAAUGCAGGAGUUGUCAAACCAGAUACAGGAUUUACUAGAAAAAGGAUUUAUUCAGCCAAGCUCUUCACCCUGGGGAGCACCUGUAUUAUUCGUUAAGAAAAAGGAUGGAUCCCUCAGAAUGUGUAUAGACUAUAGGGAGCUGAACAAGUUGACUAUUAAGAAUCAUUAUCCACUCCCUAGGAUAGACGAUUUGUUUGAUCAGCUUCAAGGCGCUAGCUUCUUUUUUAAGAUCGAUCUACGGUCAGGUUAUCACCAGCUGAGAGUCCAUGUAAAGGAUGUUCCUAAGACGGCGUUCAGGACACGCUACGGACAUUAUGAAUUUAUGGUUAUGCCCUUCGGACUCACGAAUGCUCCAGCCAUAUUUAUGGAUCUGAUGAAUAGAGUAUGCAGACCAUACCCAGACAAGUUUGUAAUCAUGUUCAUCGAUGACAUACUAAUCUACUCCCGAAGCAAAGAAGAUCAUGAGCAACAUUUAAAGGUGAUACUAGAGUUACUUAGGGACCAGAAAUUGUAUGCCAAAUUCUCAAAGUGUGGAUUUUGGAUUCGAGAAGUACAUCUUCUUGGGCACAUGGUUGGUGAGAAAGGGAUACACGUGGACCCAGUAAAGGUUGAAGCAAUCAAGAAAUGGGAGACCCCGAAAACGCAGACAGAAAUCCGUCAAUUCUUAGGAUUGGCCGGAUAUUACAGGAAAUUUAUCGAAGGGUUUUUGAAGAUCGCACAACCAUUGACGACGUUAACCCAGAAGGACAAGAAGUUUGAGUGGGGACAACGACAAGAGGACGCUUUUCAACUAGUAAAGCAGAUGUUGUGCGAUGCGCCAAUUCUAGCCUUGCCGGAAGGGACAUAA